UAAUGGCGCAGAUCUUCCCGCCAUUUUGAUUUUUGCUUCAGCCAUCACAUCGUUUCUUCAUGUGGAAGACAAGAAAAUGGCGGCAGCAAAAAUAUCUCUCGACAAAGAGGCUUUCUUUAGGCGAAUAAAGAAAGUAUACUCGUCUUGGAAGAACGAGAACGUUAAACAAGAAAAUGGCUCCAACUUCCCCAACAUUGGCUCAAUUAUCAUCGCUGUAGGUCAAGAUGAAGACGUUAUAUACAGUAAAUCUACUGCUAUUCAGCAAUGGCUGUUUGGCUAUGAGUUGGCAGACACCAUCACAGUCCUCUGCCCAUCAUCUAUGCAUUUUUUGGCAAGCAAGAAGAAAAUAGAUUUCUUAAAACCAUUGAAAGAAGCUCAAAAGAAACAUGAAGGAACUCCAGCCAUACAUCUGCACAUGAGAGACAAAACAGACAACGACAAGGCUAAUUUUGCAACCUUGGUAGAGGCUAUAAAAACAGAAGGAGAGGGUAAAGCAGUUGGAUUGUUUACUAAAGACAACUUUCAGGGUCAAUUUAUGGAUGGAUGGAAGGCUGCUUUUGAUAAAGAGUCAUUUGAAAAAAUUGAUGUUAGUAAUGCCAUAGCAUAUGUCAUGGCUGUAAGAGAAGACACAGAGUUAGUAAAUGUUAAGAAAGCAUCACAAGUCUCAUCUGACAUAUUCGGCAAGUUCUUCAAGAAUCAAAUAAUGGAAAUUGUAGAUGAAGAAAAGCGAGUAAAGAAUUCUAAGGUUGCAGACAGUAUUGAGAGUGCCUUGGAAUCCAAAAAGUAUCUACAGCCUGGUAUGGAUUCAGAUCAGGUUGAAAUGUGUUACUCUCCCAUUGUUCAGAGUGGCGGGAAAUUUACCCUUAAAUUCAGUACCAUCAGUAAUGAUGAAAAACUCAACUAUGGAGUGAUAAUCUGUUCUCUUGGUGUGCGAUACAAAUUUUACUGCUCAAACAUCGUUAGAACCAUGAUGGUUGAACCAACUGAGGAACAACAAGAAAUGUACAAUUUCCUACUGGCAGUGCUUGACGUGAUUAUAGAUAAACUUCGAGAUGGUACUAAGUUAUGUGAUGUUUACAAUGCUGCAAUGGAACAUGUUACGAAGAAUAAACCUGAACUGCAAAACAACUUUGUCAAGAAUAUAGGGUUUGCAAUGGGAAUAGAGUUUAGAGAAGGAUCACUACUGAUAUCACCCAAAAACACACACAUCGCCAAAAAAGGCAUGGUGUUCAAUAUUAAUGCUGGGUUCUCUGGACUGGUUAACAAGAAAGCUGAUAAUGAUGUGAAUAAGAACUAUGCCUUGUUUAUUGGUGAUACUGUUCUAGUUAAUGAGAAUUCYCCUGCAACAAUUCUCACUCCAGCAAAAAAGAAAAUCAACAAUAUUGGUAUUUUUCUGAAGGAUGAAGAUGACGAAGAUGAUGAUAAGCAAGAGAAUGGAGAGGGUGAGGAAGAUCUGUUAAUUGCCGGCGAGGGGAAAGGAACAGUUCUUGAGAGCAGAACAAGGACUGAGCUUACGGCAGAAGACAAGAGAAGAGCCCAUCAACAGAAGCUCAAGGAGCAGUUGCAUGAAGAAGCAACGCGGCGUCUUCUUGAGGCUAAAGGAGAAACAGAAAAACCAACAAAAAUAAAACCAUCAAAUGUUGCUUACAAAAACCCCAACUUGUUGCCAAAAGAGAACAAUAUCAGAGACCUGCACUUGUAUGUAGAUAAGAAACAUGAAGCUGUAAUACUGCCAUUGUUUGGUAUCGCAACACCCUUCCACAUUUCAACUAUUAAGAACAUCAGCUCAAGUGACGAGGGAGGCUACACUUAUCUACGUAUCAAUUUGUACUGCCCUGGAAGUUCUGUUGGGCGUCUGGAAGGGAAUCUUUUCUCUCAACCUGAAGCAACGUUCUUAAAAGAAAUGACAUUUCGCAGCUCAAAUACCAAAGCUCCUGGUUCAGCCCACCCCCCAGCGCAGAAUCUAAACAUGGCUUUUAGGCAUAUCAAAGAAGUACAGAAAAAGUUCAAGACCAGAGARGCUGAAGAGAGAGAAAAACAGGGUGUAAUACAGCAAGGUACUUUGAUUCUCAACAAUACCAAAGGCAACCCAAAACUCAAGGAUUUGUACAUACGACCCAGCCUAACACAGAGAAGAACACCUGGAAUCCUUGAAGCACACAACAAUGGUUUCAGGUUUUCAACAUUUCAUGGUGAUAAUGUGGACAUACUUUAUGGCAAUGUUAAGCAUUCUUACUUCCAGCCUUGUGAUGGAGAGAUGAUUAUUCUAAUACACUUUCAUCUCAAGCACCCGAUCAUUAUAGGAAAGAAGAAAUACAGAGAUAUUCAAUUCUAUACAGAGGUUGGAGAGAUAACCACUGAUCUUGGGAAACAUCAACACAUGCAUGACAGAGAUGACUUACAGGCUGAACAGGCAGAGAGAGAAAUGAGGCAGCGUCUAAAAGCUGUCUUCAAGAAUUUCAUCGAUAAAGUUGAAGGUUUAACUCAUGGACAAGUAGAGUUUGAUGUACCGUUCAGAGAACUGGGUUUUUCUGGUGUCCCAUUUCGCAGUACUGUGUUGCUACAGCCAACAACUCAUUGUUUGGUUAAUCUCACAGAACAGCCUGUAUUUAUCAUUACCCUGGAUGAAGUGGAACUUGUUCAUUUUGAACGUGUUCAGUUUCAUUUGAAGAAUUUCGACAUGGUAUUCAUCUUCAAGGAUUACAAGAGGAAAGUAGAACACAUCAAUGCUAUCCCUAUGACGUCACUUGAUUCUGUCAAGGAAUGGUUAAAUUCUUGUGACAUCAAGUACACCGAAGGUAUCCAGAGCUUAAACUGGGUUAAAAUCAUGAAGACAAUCAACGAUAAUACUGAGGAGUUCCUGGAAAAUGGUGGCUGGAGCUUCCUGGACCCUGACAGUGAGAGCGAUGGAGGAGGCAGUGAAGAUGAGGAAGAAAGUGAAUACGCACCAUCAGAAUCUGUGGACGAAGCAUCGGAAGAAGAGAGCUUUUCGUCAGAAACUGAGACAUCAGAAGACGCUUCAGAUUUUGAAGAAGAAUUGGGAAGCGAAGAGGAAAGUGGAAAAGAUUGGUCAGAAUUAGAGGAAGAAGCCUUAGAAGCUGACCGAGAGAAAGUUGGUUACCCAGACAACGCGCCGAAACAAAAGAAGCGAAAGAAAACCUCGCAUAGUAGCCCUGCAAACAAGAAACGAAGGCGUCGCUAAAACAACCAACCAAACAGCGCACAUCUUGUAUAGUACAAUGGUUUUAAGAGCUCCUCUCCUUACUGCAUGUCCCAUCUUGCCUUUGAUCAGACAGCCAUGUCCAUGGUCUUGUAACAGUGUGCCCUACAUUGAGGCGGUACGCGCAUGAGAUAUCUAGACACCCUUAACUUUCAUUACUAGAAAGAUGUCAGUCACUGUACAGAUCUAGAAGAUAUAUGCAUUAACACCAAUAAAUAUGGGACAGUUUCGUCAUUGGCUUUGAGGGAUUCGGUCCUUUGUGCUAUGAGUAUGUUGAGUAGAGAAAAUCGAUUCUAUUAGAAAAGAUUAAGCGGUCGCUAUAGAAACAAGAAUAUUUUCCCACUUUGUCUAUGUUGAACCUCUGAACCUCUCCACAAGCCAUUACCCAUGCUCCACGGACAGUUUACCACAGGGUGACCGUAAGUCUUCCGUAGCAAAGCAAGUACAAUACAUCGGCUCUACUUCGCGUACUCUCUGCUACAAGCCAGUAAAGAUCCACAAGGUAUAGCAAGCUGUACCUCGUCCCCAGGCUUCUCUUCGCUGUUUGGCAUGACGUGAGGUGACUAUAAAGCGUCCGCCAUUUUGGAUUUGGGAGAGCUGACAAGUAGCCUGGGGACGAGAAUAAGCAAACUGUUUCAUUACAUUUACGGAUAAUAAACUUGAUGUCUUUCGGAUAAGGAAAUGCACGGUAUUGUGGUAGUCAAUCUGCGUUUAGUUAUAAACACGUCUUGUGUAAGAAAUUCGAAACAUCCAAAAAUGGCCUGGUGCGCAAGCGUGUCCGACACUAGCAAAACCAACAUGUGCACAUGCGCAGAAAUAAAUACAAAAGUCGAAGGAAACCUGCCCUGUCCUGUUCCACACACAAGCAAUAUAAAACGUUUCAGUCAAGUCUGCCUCUAAGCAGCGCGCCCAUUGAAAACAUUUCCACUGAAUUUUGUUUUGUUAUGAUUUACGAGUCUGAUUAAUUUUGGCGCCACUUCCGCUUACACCUGGAGCGUUCAUGGUCAGUUACGCAUGUACAGUUUGAUCCCAGACAGUAAGGGUACCUUGUAGACACAAUGACGUCACAAGACAAGUCUGCAUUAAGCUUCGCAUACAUACUAAUUAGUAUAUCGAUGGGGACAGUGCUGUUAUGUCUAAUAACGAUUUAAGGCGCGAUAACACGGAGCAAUUUUCUCUGCAACUUGUCUAGUAACGGUGUUGCGACACAAGUUGCAUGGAGCAUUGCAGCGUCUAACCUACAGCGCAGUUUAAAAAAAUGUUGCAAGACAAGUUGCAGCUAUUGUGAAAACGUAGAAUUGGUUUCUACUUUUGGCAACGAUUGCGUCUCCGUUGCACCGUAUAGACAGACACUCAUUGCAACUUCUUUGCGGGACAAAGUGCAGAGACUGAUUGCUCCGYAUAAUCGCGCCUUUAAGCUUGAUACGUGGUCGGUAGAUUGAAUCGCAUUUGACUACUCA